GAUUCCAAUGACAUAUCUCGUUUAAAUUAUUAAGCUGAAUAACUGACUAGUUACUGCCAAUGUAUCCAUAAAACAUCCAUUGGUUACUACUAGAACGUUACUUAUUCAGUGAAAAAAAUAAUAAUAUUAUAUUUUAAUAUUCUCUCUCUCAAAGGGAGAAAAUAAUCAACAACCAUGAUACCAAGACUUGAAAACUAAAGAACAAUAUCAUUACAAAUUUGAUAGCUUUUCACAGAUGAUCAUUAUUCAGUUUUUCCUUAAAAACAGCUGAUUCACAACAACUAAGAAACAGAGAAACAAGCUUAACCUACAAAGGAGAUUUUUCUUGAUCGUCAAAAUGUCUGACCGAAUAACACAGCUACAAGAUCUCGUGUCCCGUCUAUCUUGUACGUUUUCCGAGAGUCUAGGAGUGAUCGGACAAUUUUCCGAGCCACAAAAGUUUCCCGAAAUGGAAGAAUUGAAACGGUUACGAGCCGAAAAGAGGCGUUUGAGAGCUGAGCAGAAAAAGCGUAAACAAGUCGUGUCGGAUUUGCCAAUGAAUCAGAAAAAAGUUUUGGAAAAUAGCCAGCAUGUCAACUAUUCGGCCGAUUUUGCCAAGGCAAGAAGCUUGGAAGUUCUGCAAGAAGAAAAUGAAGAAGCAGCCGAAAAGCUAGAUGAGCUCUUGAAUACUGGAGAAAAACUAUUGAAGAAAAUCAGAGAGGCCAGAUCUUUUCUAUCCAAUGGUUAUCUUGAAGCUAUGUCUGCAAAAUAGGGUUGUGAUAAUAGAAACAUCAAAAAAAGGAUUACAUAUGAAGCACCUCAAACUAUGAUUAUAAAGAAUCGCUAAUGAAAUGUUCAUCCUCGAACAAUAAAAAUAUAAUCACUUUUGGAAUAAAAGAAUCGUUUUCAUUUUCUUACAUAUCAUAUCAAAUUUGGGAUUAUUAAAUGAAUAAAUAUAGAGACAAAUAUAUCCUGGAA